UAUAAGUGCAUUUAUGACCAAGCCUGGCCCAGACGCUAAAAGAUUACAGAAAACGAAAGUUGAUUCUCAAAAACAAAGUGUUAGUGAAAACAUCCCUUCAAAAUAUUCCACUGAAGCUUCAACCUCUGACUCAAAAUCAACCAGAUUUACAGCAAGAUCAGAAGAGGUUGCCACGGAAGAAACCCAAGCCAAAAAAGUAACUAAUACAGUUUGUGAACAUGAAGAGGACACAAACAAACUGAAAAAACUAAACAAGAACACUCCUUUAAUGACUAAAGUCUAUUUUGAAUGCCACCUUGCAAAUUCAUCUAAAAUAGAGUAUAUCAAAGAUAAGAGUGAAGAAAACUGCGAAAUCAUUGAUGAUGCAAAAGUAAUUAACCUUGAGCAAGAAAGUGGUACCUCAACAGAGCAGAAAAAUUAUAACAUGAAAGAAAGCACCAUUCAGCAGGAUAGCAGCAGGAUUAAAAAUGGCAGUCAUCUUCACUGCCCUAGCCCAGUCAGUAUUAAAACUAAUGCCAGUUUAGAUGAUAAGGUUGGCAAAGGAUAUUUAGCCAAAGAACAUGAAAAAACAAGUGCCUGGAACUGGCCAGAUAAGCCAAAGCAGUUAGCCUCCAAGGGCGCAAAAGUCUUGUUCUUAGUUACACUAGUGUUUGCCUUAUCAUGGGCACCAUUUUGGGUAAUAAAAUUUGCAUCUAUGAUAAACCCAAAUUUUUGGCCAGAGAAAACAUUUGUUGACAUCGCUUUUAAAGUUCUGUUGAUGCAUGCUUUCUACCUGAAUAAUGCUAUUAAUCCUAUUCUUUAUACCUUAAUGAACAAGGCUUUUGCUACAGAUGUCAAAGAUGUUGUAAGGAAACUUAGGCAAAGACUACAACCAGAACUUUGAACAUAAAAGUUGGUUAUUUAAAAACAAAAAUCUAGCAACUGAAGGGGCAUGACUGGGAAAAACAUGAACAAGGUGGUGGUAUCAGAAAGGUACCCUUUGACUAAAAGGAACAAACAUUUAGUAAGAAUCAUUUUUAGAUGAAUGUUAUAUACUCUUCACAUAAAGGUGAAUAAUGAGUGUUGCAUCCUAAAAAAAGGCAGUAGUGGAUGGAACUGAUAAUGAAUUAUAGGGCAAAACAAUUGGGAUGGUGUGUGUUUGAGAGAGAGAGAGAGAGAGAGAGUGUAUGUGUGUGUGUCUGUGUGUGCGUGCAUGUAUAUGUGCAUGUCUGCAUAUAUAUAUGCAGACAUGGGGAAACUAUCAGUCUGACAGGUCAUGACUGCUUGAAAUGCCAAAGGUCCUGCAAGAUCUAUGAUAAUAGGUUCUCUGGAUUGGCAAGGUUUAUGUGCAAAUACGAUUCUUCAAUAA